GGGUUUCAAUUUUAGUAGAUGGAAUAGUUCUCGGGUGAAUGAAACUAUUCUUCCACGGUAACUAUACGACGGGUAUACAACAGGUAGACAACAGGUAGGAAACAGAUGGGAAACAGACCGACAACAGGAAAGGUGUUAUUAUAAAGAAGCCGUCGAUAUGUCUUAUACGAAAGCAUAUUAAAAGUGGCAUAUACCCUUCUAUAUUAUUCUCUCUAUAUUCUCCAGCUCGAAGCACUCAACAUAGACCUUGUACCUAUCAAAGCUUCUGCGAACGUUACGGAAAGAUGUGUUACUUCGCCAUUACCAGGUUUCCUUGCGGAUGCCUUACCUGGAAGGGUAGCGAGUACAAGUAUUGCGCCGAGCGAGGCAAAGGCUGCAAGACAGACGUGCUUGAGCAAUAUGAAUGGCAAACAUUCUGUCCCGAGGCUCGCAAGGUUGUGAACAGGAAACCGCACGCUCGACCUGUUUCGUUCCCGAAAUGCUGCGACGGCCUUGAUCGGCAACAGCUUGAGAAUCUGUGUAAAAAAUGUAAUUCCAUUGUGGACAAUAGCAAUCAGGGUUUACAUCCUUGUUGCAGCGCAGCGCAUCGGGUCUGCGUAUCUACUGGACCGGACGAGAAUGCUGAGAGGGAGUUUGAAGAUGCGGUGAAACUUUGGCCGUCCAACUUACGUUUGAGAUAUAUGCGAAGAAAGGAGGACAAGAAUGCUCGAGACUGCGGAUGGUCUCUGUAAGUGAAGUGCAUCGCUUUUCGUAAGAGGCGCUAU